AUGGCGCACCAGCCCAGUGCUUCGGCUUCUCUUCAGGCCAUUCGUUACUCCCCCGGCUCUCUCUGGCUACUCGACCAGGUAGGUAGUCGCCCUCCUCGUCCACCCCUCGAAGAGAGGGGAGGGGGGGGGGGUGGUGGGCGGGAGUAAUCGCCUCUGUGGGUGAUCUUUCUGUAUUUAUCUAGCCUUGGUUCUUGCUGAGGAGCAGCAGCAGUCUCUCCCCAUUUUCUCACGGGCCCGAGUUGCUCUGCUAACAGAGAAAGCUUCCGCUCGAGACUGUGUACCUGGAGAUUCGUACUGCCGCCGAUGGAUGGUAAUACAAUCUCUGUUGCUCCCCAGUUCAUGCUGCUCCAAACAGCGAGUGCGCCAUUGAUCACGAACCAACCCUCUAUUGCUCAAUAAAAUCUGUUUGAUUGGGAAUCUCUGGGAUCCUUCUCCUCCAGUCUAUUGUGCCGACCUCUCUUUCUCGCACAUCUCAGGAGCGCAAUCAGAGAAAUGGUGGUCCGCGGUGCUCCUGCCAUUGCGAUCUCAGCGGCUCUCUCGCUGGCCGCGGAAGCAAGCAACCUGGAAUUCAGCGGCACAACUGCGGAUUCAGCUUCGUUUCUCGUCGAGAAAUUGGAGUACCUGGUGUCAAGGUCGUUUACUGCUUGAACUAUAACUCUCAGAUCAAAGGUGCAACGUGCUUUUUAAAUUUUACUGAUAAUUCCUGGGGGUUGGAUGUCCAUAUGAGCCUACAAUUCGGAAUAAACGACGUAAUCUUCAGAUAUUAUUCCACUUUCAGACAGUCAGCGUCGAGCUGGCAAUUUCCAGCUCCUAGAGAUGGAUCAGAAUAUUGACCUCGAGAGAUCAUUCUAAUGUUCUUGGCUUGGCAGUCGGCCUACUGCUGUGAACCUUUCAGAGGCUGCAACAAAGCUCCAGAAUCUUGUGAGGAAGGUUGCUGCAACAGCGUCAGAUCCUAGAACUGUUCUACAGGUACAGAUUCUUGGCGAUCCAUCAUGUCUCUGCCAUUCCAGGAUUAGCAUCUGCCCAGCACAAAACUUUGGAAAAUAGCCUUUCGAUCCUUGCCCCGGGUUGACUUGAAUAUUUUUCUGGGUCUGAUAUCAGAGCUGACUUCUCAUUCAAGCGGGAGAAGGGUCAAACUAUGACUUGACUGGCUUUGACCCAGCUCUCUAGCUCCUCCUACUUCUGCCCACGUUUGAUCCAGAACCUCCAUGAUUCUGUCGCCUAGUUUAAUUUCUUUACAGGCUUAUAUAGAUGCAGCCGAGGUCAUGCUCAUCGAUGAUGUAGCUGCGAACAAAAAAAUUGGAUCUAAUGGGGCCGCAUUCAUCAGACAAAGCCUGAAGAAGGAGAUGCUAUCGAUUCUAACUCACUGCAAUACUGGCAGGUUUGAUCUUUUUUCCUUUAUUAUUUUUAUUUUUUAUGAUUUUUCUUAUACUUGUCACCCACUUUGGUGAUAAUCAAGAAUCAUAGCCCUGAUGUUUGGGAGACAUUUUGCAUCAUCUCCAGUCUUGCCACUGCUGGAUAUGGAACAGCUCUUGGGGUUAUCCGGGCGCUCCAUGCGGAAGGGGUUCUAGAGAGAGCUUACUGUACAGAGACACGCCCAUUUAACCAGGCAAGCAAGCCCGUCAGAGAUCUAACAGCUCUUUCAUUGGCCAAGCUGCUGCUUAUUUUUUGUAACCUUUUACUUGAGGCAUUUAACUGUUAGUAUCCUUUAUCUCUGUCCAUGGUGGAUCGAGAGAGAAACGAAGCAAGCGCAUUCGCUGGUGCAUUCAAGAAGGCACCAAUAUUUACCUUUCUUCUCUCCUAUCUAAUAAUUAAUUGCAUAAUCUUUCAGGUCAUCGUUCUGCGGUGAAUAUUUAUCCACUUCAUAUUUAUUUACUUAUUUAUAUUUUAAGUGUGCAUCAACAGGUUCAAGAAGAGAAAUUUGUUGGACCUACUUUCUCUCUCUCUAUCUAAUUACCUAUCACAUAAUCUUUCAAUCGAUCAAUUUUAAGUGCAUUUUUACACAGUUAUCAUUUCGUUGUUCAUUAAUGCAUUCAAGAGGACACCAUGAAUUUUAACGCUAUUUUCUCCAUUUAAAGUAAAUUGUCAUUUAGCCAGUCCUUUUAAGUGAACAUUUAUUUUCUCAUUUAUCAUUUAAUUAAUCCUUGAUGCAUUCAAAAGGACACUAUGAUUUAGCUUUCAUUUCCCCAUUCUAAUAAGUUAUUUUUAUUUAUUUAUCAUCUGAUUGUUCAUCAAUGCAUUCAAGUAGGCAGCAUGAUUUACCUCUCUCUUUUCCCCAUUCUGAUAAAUUAUGACAUAAAUUUUCAGCUGACACUUUUAAGUGAAUCUUAAUAUAUUUAAUAUUUAUUCGCAUUCAAUCACUUACUUUAAGGGUUUUGAUUUUCAGGGAUCCAGGCUCACUGCAUACGAACUGGUGCAUGACAAAAUACCGGCAACCCUGAUCGCAGAUUCUUCAGCGGCAGCAUUAAUGAAGGCUGGUCAUGUGGGCGCCGUCAUUGUUGGAGCUGACCGCAUUGCCGCAAAUGGUAUCUUAUUGCUAGCAUCGAUCGUUCUCAAUUUUUGUUUGCAUUUACCCAUCUAAUUCCAUGACUUUUGUUUUGUUUUGUUUUGUUUUUUUUUUUUUGGCCAAUUUUUCUCAUUGACUGUUAGUCUAGCUUUUGAUUAUCUUAAACUAUGAUAGUGAUAUUAUUGUGCACUCUAUUGAUAUAUCGGGGGGGGUUGACUGAUUAUUUCUUUAUUUAUCUCUUGUUGUUGUUGUUGUUGGGGAUCCUGCUGACAGGCGACACGGCCAACAAAAUCGGGACAUACAGCCUGGCGGUGUCGGCAUCGCACCAUGGAAUCCCAUUUUAUGUGGCGGCCCCCUUCACUUCCAUCGACCAGUCGAUCCUCUCAGGAGACCAGAUAGUGAUAGAGGAGAGGUCUCCAAAGGAGCUGCUGCACUCCCGCGGAGGACUCGGGGAGCAGGUGGCCGCAUCCGGCAUAGCUGUUUGGAAUCCAGCAUUUGAUGUCACCCCGGCCGUUCUCAUCGCCGCCAUCAUCACCGAGAAGGUGACCGACCCACCCACCAUGAAAUCAGUCGAUUGGUUUUGAUUAUCUUAGACUAUAAUAGUGAUAUUAUUGUGUGCCCUUUAUGGAUGCUGAUCUGAGCAGGGAGUAAUCACGAGGAACUCCGAGGGCUCUUUUGCCAUCAAGGAAUUCCUGGAGGCCUUUGAAUCCUCCUCCAAUCCUGCUGGCUAG